AUGCGUGAGUGGCUCCUUCUCCUCGUACUCCCGCUCGUCUUGACGCUGGCAAGCGGUGCCCUUUUGGCUCUAGUCAUCAAGCAGAUAACUAAGCUGUCAACGCCAAGCCAAGGGUCGUCGAUUCGCGUGGAAGGGGUUGGCAAACCUACUUUUCAUCGCACGCACGACGCCGCUGACCGAUAA